CUGAAACAAUUUUCAUUUUACAGCUCCAGUGAGCUUUGAAAAUGGACAAUCAAGUUUUCAGCCCUAGCAAACUGGUUUUGCUCCUUAGAAUUCAAAGGUAUUAUGCUGAUAUACACCAGCCGCUGAUGUGCAUUUCCCCAUGGGAUUUGGUUGCAGACUAGCUUGGAGUUUCUGAUGAGAUAAUUGUAGUCAUGGACAGAAACAAACAUGCAAGGUUAUCUAUUGUAUUAAACUUAGUAACCCUUACAAACCAGAGCAUUGGUGUAGUAUGUCCCAUUUGGAGUAUCUCCAGGAUCACAGUUAUAUUCAACAUGGGAGCUGAUUUUUUUAAUUGCCAUUCACCUUGUUGCAAGUUCAGUUACAUUAAAAAUUAGGCUUCACAGCUUGCAGAAUCAGGCAUUCAGGUGUUAGUGGGAAAGGCAACCUUUGUAGCAACAGUUCAUCUAUUUUGUGGAUGUUUUAUAGUCCAGUCUUCAAGCAUGUGGUUUUAUGGUAUGUAGUUUUCAGAUGCCUUGCUUCAUACAGAAGACUAACUAAAAGACAAUUACUAAAUACCUUUUUCAUCUGUCAGUGUGUUUUCCUUGUGCCUUAUGUCUGUAUGCCAUACAAAUUCACACUGUGGUAUACAAUUAUUUUCUGGUGGCAGUUUCAUAGGUCUCACCCUCUAGAAGAACUUGUAUCUAUUAAUUGUUGCUGUAGACUACCUAACAAAAGCAAUUAAGUAAGGAGCUUAGGACUGGUUAAAAAAAUAUUCCUCUGGAUUUCUAACUUUCCAUUGAAAGCCCCAUGCAGUUAGUGGCUUCAGGAGACUUUAAAAGCCUAGAAGAAUUCAUGAAUCUUGAUAUUUAACUUUAACUCAAACCAAUCAAUUUAUUUUUACAAUAUUUCUAUAGCUAAGAUCAUGUUACUAUAUCCUUUGUGUAAACAGGGAAGCAGGAGAAGCCUGUGCAGUCUGUGCAGAUAGGGUCAGACUCUGUGCAGAAGUGCCAGAUAGAGUCACAGCAUUUUGGCUCUCAUCUCACCACUUCCUCAGAUCAAUCCUUCCCAAAUUUAACAUGCAGAGGUUCUUUAUUUCCUAAGUGCCAAGCUGGUGGCUGUAAUAUGUUCAUUGUUUUGUAAUAGUCACCAAUUUACAUAGUUUGCCUGAUCUCACAGGAAUUUUGUGGCCAAGGCUAGGACAGCUGCAGUUCUCAGGAUUUACUAAGCUCUUGAUGUAGUCACCCUUUCUUUUCCCUGUUCUUCCUCAGAACCUAUGCACAAUGUCAGGAAAGGUUUUGGGGGGAAAAUUUAGCAAUCAUGUAACCAAGGACUGUGUAUAAAAUCUGAAAUGGCAAGAAAAAUGUAAUUCUGACACUAUAUUUUUGAGCAUUUGACUUGGCAGUCUUGCCAAGAUCAUUAAGACUCUUAAUGUUUUGGGGUUUUUUUAUGCAAACAUCUAAAGACAAUGUAUAUAUAAGUUCUUGUGAAAGGUGAAAUGUCCCAUUCUCCCAUGCUGCCUUCAUAUUUCUUAAUUUAGUGGGUCAUUAGAAGGUUCAGCUCUUUAGUUUCAUAGCACAUCUUCUACCACUUGACUUAAGAGUAGAUUUGUCAGCAGAAGACAGCAGCUUGCCAGAUUGGCAGAGGGUUACAGAAGAGGGAAAUAAAGAACUGAGGAGGAGUGAAAAUUUUUGCAUUUUGCAUAUGUUAAUUAAUUGGAUCGGUAAUCUUAGGUUCUUAAAUAGCAAAUGUAAAUUCUCUGGAGAGGUGUGCUCUAAGGUUUACCUCCUGAAACUCGUUUGUCUUCUGCUUAGUCCUUUUCAUUUCCUUUAUACCCUCCUCUUCUGCUUUUCCAGUCUCAUAUGCCUUAACUGACUUCUGCAUCCUCAGACUACCUCCUCCUCAGUUUCUUCAGUAACAGCAAUGAUGCUCCAUUAGCAUCUACCUCCCCUGAUUUUGCACUUCCUUCCCUGUGUAUCUCUUACCCUUCUCUUCUCUGUCUCCCCUUCUUUCACUGUCCCUCUGCCCUGCUACCCUCCACCAUUUAGGUCUUGAUCUUAAUGGUUUUUUUCCUCAAGGCUCAUCUUUUCUUCAUCCAUCUUGCAUCAUUGGAGAAUACAAUUUCUUCUUUUAUUCUCCUUCUUUCUAUCUGAGGCUGCUUCUUCCUUCUCAUCCCACUGUCCACAGGCUCCUGGCCAUAGCCACUAUCAGCAGCACAGAGCAGACAUUGCAGGGUUUGUCCUGCUCAGAACUGCUCCAACAGCAACCAGUGCAAAGCUAACUGCACAUGUAAUCUGUGGCAAGGAGCACUGGGAGACAGCUAAAGGGCAGUGACAAUGUCUUUAAACUGGCGGACGCUUCCUACUCAACUCGGAGUUUUUAAAGUGAACUGCAAAGGACUCGCAUGCCUCUUGGUCUUCACCGUGAGUGUUUGUGGCAGUGCCCCGGGGAUGUGUCCAGCAGCCUGCAUCUGUGCCAGUGAUAUCGUAAGCUGCACAAAUAAGAACCUCACUCGAGUGCCAGGAAAUCUUUAUAAGUGUAUGAAAAGGCUGGAUCUGAGUUAUAACAGAAUUGGGAUUUUGGAGCCUGAAUGGGUCCCAGUGCUGUCUGAGAAACUGAACACUUUAAUAGUCAAUCAUAAUAGCAUUAGCAGCAUUAGCACUGGAAGCUUUUCCACAACUCCGAAUCUGAAGUAUCUAGACUUGUCAUCUAACAGCCUGAAAACACUGGGCAGCCCUGUGUUUCAGGAGCUAAAGGCGCUGGAGGUUCUCCUGCUGUACAACAAUCAAAUAACACAGAUUGACUCUUUAGCCUUUGGAGGAUUGUACAAAUUACAGAAACUGUACCUAAGCUACAACUUGGUCUCGCAUUUCCCACUGGACUUAUACGUUGGAAAACAUAAACUGACAGACCUUGUGCUGCUGGACAUUUCCUUUAAUCACAUCCAGACGAUGCCUAUUCAGCGCCUGAGUUCAGUGCCAGCCAAACAACUUAGUGGAAUUUAUCUUCAUGGCAACCCAUUCUAUUGUGACUGUGUCCUGUACUCCAUGCUAAUCUUCUGGUAUCAAAGGCACUUCAGCUCUGUGGUGGACUUCAAAAAUGAGUACAGCUGCUUGUUGCAGUCAGACCCAAGAGGUCAAAAUAAACUGCCUUUACUGCACGACAAUGUUAUGAAUUGCUCUGAAAGUACUGUCAACAGCUCUUUCCAAGCCUUUGGGUUUAUUCAUGAUGCCCAGGUUGGAGACAGGCUGAUUGUACACUGUGACAGCAGAAUCAGUGAUACGGGCACACAGUUCGUGUGGGUUAGUCCAGACAAUACAUUGCUGGAGCCAGACAGGGAGACGGAUAACUUCAAAGUGUUUCCUAAUGGCAGCCUGGAGAUAACAGAAGCCCAGCUAGAGAACUCAGGCCUGUAUUCCUGCAUUGCGAUAAAUAAGAAAAGACUAUUAAAUGAAACCAUAGAAGUCAGAAUAAAUGUCAGCAAUUUCACAGUGAACAGGUCCCACGCUCAUGAAGCAUUUAAUACAGCUUUUACCACCCUUGCUGCCUGUGUGGCCAGUAUUAUUUUAGUACUGCUGUAUCUCUAUCUGACCCCCUGUCCAUGUCAAUGUAAGGCAAAAAAGAAGAAGAGGAAGCUGAACCAAAGCAGUGCCCACUCAUCCAUACUGAAUUCUGCACUGCCGCAAGAGCUGCCAGCCGACGAGAAGAAGGCUAGCACUGGUAAACGGGUGGUUUUCCUGGAACCCGUGCACGAACCAAAACAGAGUCAGAAUGGGAAAGUAAAACUGUUUCCUAAUGACAGUGUCAUUACAGAGAGUAUCUUAAAAACUACUCGAACAAAAUCUGACUCUGACUCUGUCAACUCUGUGUUCUCAGAUACACCUUUCAUGCCGCCAGCGUAGUUUGCUGCCUGUGUUUGUAUCGUGCAGUUCCAUUUCUGAAUACCUCCUUUGCCUGUAGCAACCAUCAGGACAAACAAAUAAAAAGAGAUAAAAUGUUUUAAAAAAGGUA